AUGGAUGAAGCGAGGCAGUGGCACUCUUUGUUUCAGCAUCAUGAUGGGGUUACUGGUACUGCUAGAGAUAGUGUUGUUGUAGAUUAUGCGAAGAAAAUGAUUGCUGCUUUGGAUUAUUUGGGUGAUAUUACACAAAAAUCAGCUGCGAAUUUGUUAAGUUCGAUUUUGAAGGCAGAAAAGUCAGAAAAAAAUUUGUUAAAGCCAAUUUUGAAGGCAGAAAAAUCAGAAAAGGAUUUAUUAAGCUUAAAUAUCACCCAAAAAUCUGCAGCGAAUUUAUUAAAUCGAAUUUUGAAGCCAGAAAAAUCAUAA